AUGUCAGCAGUGGUGGUGCAGCAUCAUAUCAGAAUGGAUUUGGAAAGACUUGGGGUAGAGCUUGUAAAGGGUGAUCACCAGACAAUUGUUGCCAAUAUGAGCGAACAGGGAGCUGAUUUCAAUAUAUCUGAUGAUGGAACUCUGAGGUUCCGUAGCAGAACCCACGACGUAUUCCAUGUAUCUAUGUUGAAGAAGUAUGUUUCAGAUCCCUCCCACGUGAUUAGUUAUGAGGCACUGGAGUUAGGUGGUACCUUAUCCUACGAUGAAGUACCCAUUCAGAUUUUAGAUCAUAAAAAACAGGAAUUACGCACAAAGAAAAUCCCACUGGUAAAGGUACUUCGGAGGAACCAUGCAGUUGAGGAGGCUUUGUGGGAAUUAGAAGAGGAAAUGCGACAGAAGUACCUGCAUCUAUUUAGUGGGCCCAACAUUAGUUAG